AUGCAAUGUGUACGAAACUGCGACUCUCCAGACCCUAAAUAUCGGCAUACGUUCGAGCAGCCGGUCAUUCAGACGUGGGUUUCCGCCAUCCUUGUUCAGAUGUUUAUUGGAGAAAUGGGCUGUUGGCUUGUGAUAUUCGCCUCAUUUGUUUACCAAUCGUUUAUAUAUCCGCGUCUGUCGCCCAAUUCUUCGCCUCUUCUGGCGGGCGGAUAUAAUCCCGUCCACGCCGAUGACAUAGGUGAUGAGGAGGACCAUACGAUUGACGGUCCUGAUGCAUCCAACCAUACUCCCAAGCACACCGAUGCGGAAGGUCGGGUACACCUCAGUGGACGUCGGAUUCUACUUCUCGCUGCGCCGGCAUGCUGCGAUAUCGCGGGUACGACUCUGAUGAACGUGGGUCUGCUCUUCGUCGCGGCCAGCAUCUACCAGAUGACGCGUGGAGCAUUGGUUCUCUUUGUCGGCCUUUUCAGUGUUCUGUUCCUCCGUCGUAAGCUGUUCUUAUACCAGUGGAUUGCACUGUUCGUGGUGGUCCUUGGUGUCGCCUUGGUUGGACUUGCCGGUGCACUCUUCGGCCAGGACCAAGGCCAUGAUAUCUCACAGGAGGAUACUCUUGCAAUUGCCACUCGGGCUGUGAUGGAAGCUCGGGAGAUUGCGAAGACUCCUGAAGCGAUCAAGGCUGUCAUCGGUGUGCUGCUGAUUGCAGCGGCGCAAAUCUUCACCGCCUCGCAGUUCGUGCUGGAGGAGUGGAUUCUCGAGAACUACGCCAUGGACCCUCUUCAGGUCGUUGGCUGGGAAGGCGUGUUCGGUUUCUCCGUGACUGUCAUUGGUUCCAUCGUUCUCUACCUGACCGUAGGACGGACGGAAGCGGGUCGUUACGGCUAUUUUGACGCCAAAGAAGGAUGGCAUCAGAUCCUGUCUAACAAGUACAUCGCCAUAUCCAGCGUCUUGAUUAUGAUUAGCAUUGGAGGCUUCAACUUCUUCGGCCUUUCGGUCACCCGAACCGUGUCUGCCACCUCCCGCAGUACGAUCGACACCUGCCGGACACUCUUCAUCUGGCUUGUUUCGCUCGCCCUCGGCUGGGAAACAUUCAAGUGGCUGCAAGUCCUCGGCUUUGCGCUUCUCGUUUACGGCACCUUUUUGUUUAAUGAUAUCAUCCGUCCCCCUCUCAAAGCAUGUCUUCCCCGUGACAGGCGGGAGAGGGAGAUUCUGCUGCCCGAGGAGCCCAUCGAGCACAUUUAA